UUGGCAGAAAGGACGAGGACAAGAGCACAUUCCCCAGCUUAGAACCAACGUGUGGAGUGGGAGAGGAGGCUGUUGAACCGUGUUUGGCAGGAAGGGGCGGCCUCUUGCGGGGCAGGAAGCUACGCUAGGAAAAGGGGGAGGAGACUGCAGUGGCAGCAGCGACUGCUGGAAGCUCUUAAGUGGCCCAGGUACUGCUGCCUCUGACACUCGGGAAUAAGGCGCUCAUUUGGCUGCUCGCCGGCUGAUCAUCCUUCGCUCCAGUCUCGCAGCGGAGGCAACAGUCUUCUGUCCGAUUUGGGCACGUGAGUGCUGCAAACCCAGACAGUGAGCAGAAUGUUUCUCCCUAGAUUCUCUCCUCCUCUUACAGUUAUGAAGACCCCUCACAAAAAAGCUGUUGCAAAAGAGCAAAAGGGAGAAGCAGUAGGUCACCACGUUGGCUCUACAACCAUCAAGAAGAAAAAAGCUUCUCAAAAGAGGCAGAGGAGCAGAUCUUCAUCCCGGCCCCGAAGGAAUAUCGUGGGCUGCAGAAUUUCUCACGGCUGGAAGGAAGGAGAUGAGCCGAUCACACAGUGGAAAGGAACUGUGCUGGAUCAAGUGCCUAUCAACCCCUCUCUCUACCUGGUGAAAUAUGAUGGGAUUGACUGUGUCUAUGGACUGGAACUUCACAGAGAUGAAAGGAUUUUAAAGCUUAAAAUCCUUCCUGAUAAGGUGUCGUUUUCUCGAGUCAGCGAUGUGCGCCUUGCUAAUACUAUAAUUGGCAAAGCAGUGGAACACAUGUUUGAGGGUGAGCAUGGCUCUAAGGAUGAAUGGAGGGGGAUGGUCCUAGCCCAAGCACCUAUCAUGAACGCCUGGUUUUACAUUACUUAUGAGAAAGAUCCUGUAUUGUACAUGUAUCAGCUUCUGGAUGAUUAUAAAGAGGGCGACCUCCGUAUCAUGCCAGAGUCCAGUGCAUCUCCUCCAGCAGACAGGGAGCCAGAAGGAGUUGUAGAUGGCCUGAUAGGUAAACAUGUGGAAUACACCAAAGAAGAUGGCUCCAAGAGGACAGGCAAGGUCAUUCACCAAGUUAAAGCCAAGCCCUCUGUGUACUUCAUCAAGUUUGACGAUGAUUUCCAUAUCUAUGUCUAUGACUUGGUGAAAAAGAACUCUUAGGGUCAAAUUUGCAUAGUGUGGGGAAGCAAAUGUGUACAUUGUAGAUGUGCAAGAAAUAUUAAUUUUUCAAUGUAUUAAAAGCCUGAGAGUUUCUGAUAACCCAGAAUCUUUGCCAGCAUUGCUGUUGUUUUUGUUCUGGAAACUACCAGUCUGUGGACGUGACCUGUUAAAUGUAAAAACAUUGUCUUCUGUAAGAGAUGAGUAUGUUUGGUGUAUGGGAUAUGAAGGAACAGCUGUCAAUUUAACCUGUGAAUAAAGUACCAUUAUUAUAAUAA